AUGGAUGUUUUUGAUGUUGAUCUUUUGUUACUCUAUAAACAAAAAGCAAUUCCAAGAGGUACUUUAUCAUCAUAUAUCAUAUAUCAUAUAUCAUAUAUCAUAUAUCAUAUAUCAUAUAUCAUAUAUCAUCCACCUUUAUCAUCAUCAUCAUCAACAACAACGCUUCCAAAAAAAACAAUUAUCCUUUUUUUUAAAAUUAAAAGAAAAGAGGAUACAAAAGGACAUUCAAAUUCCACCUCAUCAUCCUCUUCUUCCUCCUCCUCCUCCUCUUGUCCAUCAUCACAUUUAAAUAACAAUCAACAAUUAUAUUUAAUUAAUUAUUCUCUUUUCAAAAUAUUUUUAAGAACAUACAGACAGACAUACAGACAUAGACAUAGAGGCUGUAAAAAAAUGGAACAAGUAGUUUCAACAGAUUAUUUAUUACAAGAUAGUUAUCUAAUUGGUGGAUAUCACGAAUCGAUAGAAUCACCACAAAUGCCAAAGGUUCUAGAGCCAUCGACACCCACAUUUUUUGGAGGGUCGACUCCAUCUGGAGCAGAUUCUGGUUUUCUUCAACAAGUUUCAUCUCCACCAACCAACAACAACACCACUUCUUCACCACCAACCAUGCAAAUGAUGAACAACAACAACAACAACAACAACAACAAUUUAGUUUCAUCAUCCAAUCCAACUCCAUUGUUGGUUUCUCAACCACCACAACAACAAUUUCAACAAAAUCCAUCACCAUCAGUUUAUAAUCCACAUUUACAAGAUCCACAAACUCAUGAACACUUUUUAAACCUUUUGACACAAAUCAAACAAACUCAACAAACUCUAAGUUCAUUCCAAACCAAUCAUGAAUUUAUUAAUGCUCAAACUGCUGCUGCAGUUGCUGCUCAACAAGUCGUUUUACCCGCUGCAGCAGUGACAAUAACAACUUCUGAUUCAGUGGUGGUGGUGGAAGAGGAUGGUAAUAGUACUGAUGCAUCAUCUAAAACGAAUCAUAUAACCAAUACGAUUGCAUUGGCAGCAGCAGUUACCAAUAAAACCAAAGGUAAAUCUACUGAAGCAAACUUGACCAUAUCAAUGCCAUCAAAAAAGAAUAUAAAAGCAUCUGCCAUUGCAUCACCACCAAAUUCACCUAGAAAGAGUUCUCGAAAUAGCAAGGUCAAACAUAAAACGCAACAAGUUCAAAAUCAUAUUACUCAAAUUCAAUUACAACAACAACAAUCGCAAUCAUCACCAUCAACAUUGGUCAAUACAUCAUCAUUAUUGACUUCACAACAACCACCAACAUUUAAAUUAUCUGGAUCACCUGUUAGCUCACCACCUCAAUCACCACUUACUCCACCUCCAACAACAUCGGGUAAAAAGAAUAGUGGUGGUAGCAGCACUAAUAACAACAGUAGAUUAAAGAAAUCGACAUCUUCAACUUUAACCAAUAAUUUUAACAACAAUACUAAUAAUAAUAAUAAUGUAAAUAGUUCAUCUUCAUCUUUAAAUAAUAAUUCACUAAAUACAAGUGGAAAUGCAAUCAAGAAUAUUCCUGAUGGUAAUCUUGGUCAAUCAACAGCUGGUAGUGAAGACAAGAAACAUAUUUGUCAAUCUUUUCUUAAAUACUAUCUCAAAGUUAAUCCUGCCCUUUCAACUCCAACUCUACGUCGUUCUCUUAUUCUCUCUCUCUAUGUAAAUAAGAUUCCACAAGAUCUAAGAUAUAGACGUCCAAAUGAUAUGGCAAAUCUUUGUGUUGUAUUAUAUGGUUAUUUAUAUUCUUCUUUAGAUGAGAAUACAAUUAGAGAAUUUAUAAAUACUCAUUCAUCAUCAUCAACAAGAAUAAAAAGAGAUGAUAAAAAGAAAAAGAGAAAGAGAGAUAAAGAAGGACAAGAAUCUGGAUCGGAUGGAAAGUUUUCACCCAAUUUGGAUAAAUCAUCGACAGUAAAGUCACAAAGAUCAUCAUCAUUGGAUCAAGACCCACUCUGGCCAGGUACUUCAAAUAGUCUUCAAACGACCACCUCACCAACCUACAAUUUCUAUGGUUCGAGUACCUCUCCAGAAACAAACGGAGUCUUAUCACCCAAUGCUGCUACAGGUGGCUCUACCUUUUUCUCUGCUGAUCAGACUACGGCUAUCCAACAAGACAUAACGAUGGGUGGAGCCUUUGUAAAUAGUGGUCAUUCAAUUUCCAAUCAACCACCACCAACUCAACCAUUGGAAGAUAAUGAAAAAGAGGUAUCACUUCACGAGGCUUUUAUCAAUUGUGUAAAGUCAUGUAAUCUUUUACCAUUCAUCGAGUUUAAGCCUGUCCAAGAACUUACCACCAUCCCAGAUUUCCCAUUGUCUGGCGGCGAGUGUCUCUACGCCUUUGAAGAUCUCGUUCGUUGGGAAAAUGAAAUCAAAGAUCAAAAACUUUCAAUCAAACAAAGUCAACAACAAUUACAACAACAACAACAACAAUUACAACAACAUCAAAAUCAACAAACAUUACUUCAACAGCAACAAACAUUACAAAACCAACAGAAAUCAAUUUAUCAACAACCGGAUCAUAUUUCACUAACAGCUACACUUCAACAACUCCAACAACAACAAAAACAAAUGCAAAGUUCAUUAAUUUCUUCUCCAUUAUUGACAUCAUCAUCAUUGACUUCACCAUUGAUAUCGUCAUCUUCAUCAUCAUUUCAACAACAACCUCAGCAACAAAUGUUACAGUCAAAUCCAUUAUCACCUACUCAAAUGCUUUUCCAAACCCAGCAACAACCUAUACAAAAUCAACAACAAUCAUUACUUUCACCACCAAUUUCAUUUGGUUUGGAAGAAGAUUGGAAAAAUUUAAUUGUUGGCGGUCAACAGCAGCAGCAAGCUACCAACAGUUUAAUGGUUGGAAAUGGUGGUGGUAAUGAUAUGCAACAAACAAUGGCCAUUUCGAAUAAUCCUAGUAUUACCAAUUCUGUAUUGAUCAAUGUCUAUGAAAACGAAGAAUCUUUUGUCAUCUAUGCAGCCAUUCCACAUAGUAAACCAAAUAAUCUUCGAGUCACAGUCAAUCAGAUGGAAGUCAUUAUAGAAGGUACCAUUUCUCUUCCCGAGAGUGUCUAUCUUCCCAAUGGCUCUGAUAUGCUCAUCCCUGUAUCCUAUCCAUAUAGCCAAAAACAAGAAUUUGCUGUUGGACCCUUUACCAAAAUGAUUCCCCUAUCUUGUCCUGUCAGCUCUUCAGUUGUAGGUAAAAAGGAGGGUAUUGUUGUCAUCAUUGCAAGAAAAGAAAUUUUAAAUCAUCAAUUUGGUUAUUAA